AUGACGGAUCCACUGAAGUAUUUGAAUCGGGGACCGGAGUACCUCAGAAACGCCAUCGCCCCGCCCAAGACUUCCAGAGUGAAGCGACAACUUUCAGCGGCCGAGAGGCUCAACAUUCAAAAACCGACGAAAAGAGAACAAGCAGAAACUAAUCAAUUAUGCACUGCCGAAAGCUUGUUCCAAAAGCCGAAGGGAGUAUGCCCGGCUGGUUACGCGGCGCGUCUGCUCAGCCAAAACGCAUCUUCUGGGGCUGACUCCUCCCUCAAGCCCUCGCCUAGACGUCCUACAACUGCCCAGCCUUAUUGCAUCUCUUCAAAACACAACAGACGUCUACAAGAAGGCUCUCCCGAAAACCGAAAACUGCGGACGCGAUCAAACUCCCUCGACAAGUUCUUCGACAGUUUAGGAGGAACGCUGAUGCCUCAGUCAAAUCCACCCUCGAUCGUCCCGUCCGGCUCGGUUUCGGAUUUGUCUGGACUUUCAAUGGCGGCCAGCCAGCUCAUUCGUUCUGCCUCUUCGUCUACUUUAGACGAUGACUCUCCCCUCCCCAUCAAAUCGCCCAAAGAAGUGUCUGUAGUGGACAAACGAAUCCGAGUGAUGAUGUGGCUUUCCAAGUGCAAACCGGCGCCGGUGUUUUCAACCCCCGUCAAAGGCUGA